AUGGAAUCGACUUCGUCGCUUGUAGAGCAAUCGCCUGUUGAGCCACUGCAACCAGCAAAACAAUAUGGUCUCCGGGUGAAUGGCAAAAACUGGCACGCUCCCAAAACAGCAUUCCGGCCAACAGCAGGCCAAACCUCUUACGCCAAGAGAAAAGAAGCAGACAAGAUCAAGCAGGCAACCAAGGCUCGAGAGGCAGAGCUCAAAGAAGACAAAGAGCAGGAACGCAAUCGAAAAAUCCAAGCCAUCAAGGAUCGAAGGAAGGCUAAAGAAGAGAAGGAACGCUAUGAAAAGAUGGCGGAGAAGAUGCACAGAAAAUUGGUAGAGCGAAGAAGGCGAAGAGAAAAGAGGAAUAAAUUGUUGAAGAGCUGA